AUGGGAAAUAUAAUACCAGCACCAACUAUUGAUAAAGUUUCAUCGAUACUAAAUAGGAGUCACCAUGAAUCUUCCACUGAUAAUAUGAAUAAAACAAAUAAUAUGGAUAGAAAUUCAAGCAAUAACAUGAAUAAUGUGAGUGGAGAUUUAGGUAAAAAUUUAAAUAAUACGACAUACUCAUCAUCAUCUGAGUUAGCAAAUAUAAUCUCAAAACUUAAUACAUCUACAUUAUGGAGUGAUAAUGAUCUUAGUAUGUCUGACGUUAGAGAUAGUCAGCCACCUCAAGUGAAAUCUAUAAAUGAGGAGGAGAGUUAG